UGUCACAGAAUGCUGCCACCUCUCACCUUCCCGCAUUUGAUCCUUUGAAGCUUCUGCUGCCACCAAAAGCGAGAGAGAGAGAGAGAGCAGAAGUUUUCAGUUUGUUUGGGCAUCACUCCACUACAGAGGUAGAGGAGAGACUUCUCGACUUGCACGAGCCUAACAAAGAAUGAGAAGCCACGACAGAGUGAAGAAGACGGUGCUCAAUGACAGUCUGUAAAACGGGACCAUCUUCGAAUACCCCAAAACUGGUGGCCAUUAAAAUGAUGAUUGGAGGCGCAAAGGUUGGGUGGCCCUUAUGUUUUCUAUAAAAGCAACAAACCCUUUUCUUUAUUCAUUCGAUGAAUCUGAACAGCAACCCAUUGUCGAAAAAGCUAUGGGGAGGCGAAGACUGACGAUUAGAGCCGACAAGUCAUGAAAUUAUUUAUCAAGAAUGUGUUGAGUUCUUGAUUUGUGGUGUCAUUUCUGUUCCUGUUUUGGGGUGAGAAAUGGGGAUGGCUGAUGCAGAGGAGAAGGUGGUUGUUUUGGUGCGGCUGAGGCCUUUGAACGAGAUAGAGAUUGCGAGGAAUGAUGUUUCAGACUGGGAUUGUGUCAAUGAUGACACUAUCAUAUUUAGGAACAACCCAUCAGUUCCUGAGAGAACCGUCUUCCCCACCGCCCACACAUUUGACAGGGUAUUCGGGUCUGAUUGUUCCACAAAGCAGGUGUAUGAGGAAGGAGCUAAGGAAGUUGCUCUUUCAGUUGUUUCUGGUUUUAAUUCAAGUAUUUUUGCAUACGGGCAAACAAGCAGUGGGAAGACAUACACCAUGAGUGGUGUUACCGAGUAUGCUUUAGCAGAUAUAUAUGACUAUAUGGAGAGGCACAAGGAAAAGGAAUUUGUUUUGAAGUUCUCUGCCAUGGAGAUUUACAAUGAAUCUGUUAGAGACCUCCUAAGUGUGGAUAAUACUCCCCUUAGACUUUUAGAUGAUCCAGAGAGAGGGACUAUUGUUGAGAAAGUCACUGAAGAAACUCUGAGGGACUGGAGCCAUCUAAAAGAGCUGCUUUCUUUAUGUGAAUCUCAAAGGCUGAUAGGAGAGACCACUCUGAAUGAAACGAGCUCCAGAUCUCAUCAAAUUAUUAGACUGACAAUCGAAAGCUCUACUCGUGAGUUUUUAGGCAAUGACAGCUCAAGCACCCUUACAGCCACUCUGAAUUUUGUUGAUCUUGCGGGAAGUGAGCGUGCAUCUCAGUCAUUGUCAGCUGGUACAAGGUUGAAAGAAGGUUGCCACAUAAAUCGGAGUUUACUGACUCUAGGAACAGUUAUCCGCAAGCUGAGCAAGGGAAGAGGUGGGCAUGUUCCUUUCAGGGAUUCAAAGCUAACUCGCAUAUUGCAAUCCUCCUUAGGAGGGAAUUCUAGAACUGCCAUCAUAUGUACCUUAAGCCCUGCACGAAGCCAUGUUGAGCAAUCAAGAAACACACUGCUCUUUGGUAGUUGUGCCAAGGAAGUAACUACUAAUGCGCAGGUCAAUAUAAUCAUGUCUGAUAAAGCUUUGGUGAAGCAUUUGCAAAGAGAAUUAGCUAGGUUAGAGAGUGAGUUGCAAUGCUGUGGGCCAAAUUCGAUCAAAUCUGACUCUGCUGCAUUACUGAGAGAGAGAGAGCUUCAGAUUGAGGAGCUCACGGAGGAAGUAGCGGAUCUCACCCUGCAACGAGACCGCGCUCAAUCUCAGGUUGAGGAUUUGCUACAACUGCUCAGAGACACUAGACGGUCUAUGACAUGGGCAUGUUGUGAUCAUAAUUGCCCUAAGCUGCAAGUGCGGAAAGCAUGGGAUUAUGAAGAUUCAGUAUCAGAUUCUGCCUUCUUGUAUGGUGAUGUCAAGAAAUCUGGCACAUUUAAGCAUUCUGAAGGACACAGUGGGAGUGGUUCCAAUGAGCAAUACCCACAGCUUCCUAUGCUCAAAGACAAUUUGAUGCUCAAUAGUACCUCCAGACAGAUGUUGAUAAGUGGUACUGGGUUUGUUAGAGGUAACCCAUGUGGGAAUGAGGAGGAGAUUGAAGAGCAAUCAAAUGAAUACUCAGACGAUCUUUGUAAGGAAGUUCAGUGCAUUGAGAUAAAAAAUUCAAGUGUGAACAGAUUAGCUGAUUCAUCAUCUCAUGAAGAAAACACAGAAGGAUUAGCUUCUACAGCUGCUUGGAAUGGUGAAAGAGCAGACAAGGAAUUUGUGUCGUCCUGCAUCCUGUCUUCCUGUUUUAUUCGUUCUCCUGAAGAAUUGACUCCAAGGGUGCUGGCAGCAGAACUACCUAGUUCUCAAAACUCGAAGUUAACUAGGAGCAGAAGUUGUGAAGCAUGUCUCAUGACUAGCUUGUCUUCACCUUUGCUAGAAUGUGUAGGAAAGAAUGAGCACACUCCAACAGAUGGGUUUGAGAAAGACUUUCCGGGAAGGCCUAAGGGUUUUCAAAUAAAGCUUCCGGCAUUGAACUAUGGUUCUGGUGUGGAGAGGUUGUUGAGUAAAGAUACUCAAACUUCAGUUCAUGGUGAUGAAGUCAUUGAGCUUAAAUCCAAGGAUGUCAAAAUUUGUAUUGAUGAGGAUAUUACAAACAAUAAUGGAUUUGUUCGUGGAGAGGAGAACAUGACUGAGCUUCAAUGCAACAAACAACAUGUAGAUUUCCUGGACCUAUCAUCGGCGAAGGCGAUUGACAGUGCUAAGGAGUAUAAGGGACUCUACUACUUUGAAGAGACUAAUGUGCAAGAGACAGAACUGAAGGUUGAAACAUCCGCAAAUAAUGUGAAAGACAUUGGCUUGGAUCCAAUUCAACAUGAUUUAGAAAAUAUUUCAACUUGGCCUACGAAAUUCAAGAGGCUCCAGAAAGAGAUCAUUAAGCUUUGGGAUGCUUGUAAUGUGUCCUUGGUUCACAGAACUUUCUUCUUUUUGCUGUUUAAAGGUGAUCUGACUGACUCUAUUUACAUGGAGGUAGAGCUCAGGAGGCUAUCCUUCCUCAAUGACAAAUUUUCCCAGGGUAAUCAGACUGUCGAAGAUGGUCGGACUGUCACGCUUGCUUUGAGAACAAAGGUUCUACGUCGCGAGAGGGAGAUGCUAAGCAAACAAAUGAAGAAGAGGCUCUCUGCAAAAGAUAGAGAGAGCCUCUAUCUCAAGUGGGGUUUGGGCUUGAACACAAAACACAGGAAGUUGAAGCUUGCCUACCUCUUGUGGACUGAAACAGAAGACAUGGAUCACAUUGCAGAGAGUGCUGCCAUCGUUGUGAAGCUUGUAGGGUCUAUCAAGCCAGGACAGGCUCUGAAGGAGAUGUUCGGGCUCAACUUCAUGCCCCAGUGCACGUGGAGGAAAUUCAAUGGCUGGAAAAGUAGGGUGAUGUCUCCCUUGUAAGCAAUUUAGAAAGUUAUAGUACAGAUGAUUCUAAUUCUCGGCAGAUGAUUAUUUUGUACACGCAUUCUGAUAUUCUGAUUGCAUUUGGCCGAACCAGAGUUUGGUUAUCUGACAGAUUAUUAUUUUUUUCAAAAAAAUCCUUUGUCAAUA